AUGGGGUGGCUCCGGGCCGUGCUCUCCCCGCUCAGGAAGCUCUGGUGCCGCGUCAACGCGGUGCAGCAGCGCAAGAAGAGAGGGAUCUACAUCCUGUACGACGACGUCAAGUCGUGCCAAUGCGAGGACGUGCACGUGCUGUGGUCGAUCCUCGUGGAGUCCCACGGCCUGCCGCCACCGACCCCGAUGCCGUCGCCGCCGGUGCUGAGCCUGAAGCGAUGA